AUGGAAGUUUCACUGAACCGUUUUUUGAAUGGUCUUAAGUCAUCUUCAGAAGACUUACAGCUGUGCACUGCUCUCGACCUUCGUCGCUAUGUAGCAUCCGAGCUAAAGGAAGCUGUAUCAAGCAAUUAUUCUGACUUCAUCGAGGAUUUAUGUCUAGAACUGGAAGGAAUGCUGGCUGGGAGCGAUUACAAUGAAAAACGAGGCGCGAUUCUUGCUAUUGGAUGUUUGGCUGAAGUGGACUUUGUUGCAGUCACUCCUUUUUAUCCGCGGUUCGUUAAUCUUGUAAAUUUGUUGACCACUUCUGGCGAUCUCCAUCUUCUUGUCCUUGGUGCUCGGCUUUUGGGUCAGUUUGGCCUUUUGCUACCUAACGACUUUGCUGAUGGUCAAAUCAAACGUGCAUAUGAACACUUAAGGCGGGGGAAUCUUUCUAUCUCCCAGAAAGAAUUUUAUAUUCUUGUCCUCCGCGAGGCGGCCCUUCAUACUCCAACUAGUUUCUACCAGCAUGUUAGCCAGUGCCUUCCAAUAUUGCUUCAGUUUUUUCGCGAGAAAGAUGCCAUCGAUGUCUUUCCAUAUCAGAGCCAUAUUUCGCCUGCGGUUGGUAUCAUUUUUACUUUAUUCGCCCUUCAGACUAUACUUCGUGAUUUGGCUGCUAUGGCUUUACGAAACGCCCUUGCGAUAGCCGCCGAAAACGAAAUUGGUCGUCGUGGGCAACAGUUGGGUUUUGAUACCGGUGGAAGUGGCGACGGAUUCCACAAUUUCACUACUUACACCACAGGAAGUCGACCAGUGACUGCCGGCUUGAGCAAACAGGUUAAAGGUGGCGCAAAUACUCCUGUGCGAAAAUUAAGCAGCUCUCAGCAGUCUGUCAUACCACAGACACAGGUUCCUUAUUUACCUGUUAAUGAGCCUCCGAUGGUUUGGUACCAUCAAUGUUUUGUCCAACUCCUCUUUACUUAUGCGAAAGCUGUCACCAUCAAGCCUUCUGACCAAAGAUCACCAAUUCCUUUUUCCCAAGCUUACAGAAAAAUGACUAGAGAUGAGUGGGCACACGGCAGCCUUCUCAUUCUAAAUGAACUCCUUGUUUGUGCCAAUCCAGAAUUUGAAAAGCUACGAACUUCUUUGGAUAACAUGAUCGGACAGGUAAGCUGUGGUUGCAGAUUUACAACUAAAAACGUAGACAGUAACACCGUUUUCUUAUUUCAGCCAAUCUUUCAUGCGCUAGUUAUUAACCAAACGGAAGGCGAGUUGGCCGUGCAGUCUGUGAACCAGGCCCGUUGGGCUGUUAGCUCGUCAUCUAAUUCCUGGAUUUCAAUUCUAAAUACUGACACACCUCUUCAUACGUUGACCUCACCCUCUCAUGUUUUCGGUGACGAAGGUGUGGCAAGCGAGCUUCUUCGACAGCAGCAAUUUCGACAACAAAGAGCUGCGCCGAUUGUGUCUGAAGCAUGUCAGUGCAUACUCAGCGCCAACCUAGAUAAGGUUUGGAGCCUGGUUCUUGGAUGCUUAAGUUCAAAACACAUCGGCGUGUUACAUCUCGUUCUGAAAGUACUUCCGCGCCUCAUUUCUUUUGAAAGAACAUUCCUAAACCCCGAUGUUGUCCGUACGGUGGUCAACUUUCUCUUUGAUUGUGUAAACAAAGAUAGAGAAAAGGGGUAUGCACUCGUUACCCUCGGCCUUAUGACUCAUGCGUUGGACAAUGAAUUUGAGAAGCAGGGCUAUCUCGCCCAGCUGAUCGCCAUUUUACUUAGCCUGUUGACUUCCACGAAGGAAGUGGCCAACUCGAAAAGGCGACCAGGAAGUUUGUCGACUGCGGUCUUGUUGACAAUAGGCCUUAUCGCCAAAUCUCUUCGCUCUCGUGCGUGUUCUUCCCUGAAACCGCUGCUUGACCCAAUGAUUUCGCGAGGGCUCUCACAGCCAAUGACAGCAACCUGUAGCCUUAUUGUUAAACAUAUUCCCGAAUUGAAACGCGAUGUACAGGAUAGCCUUCUAAAGCGCAUUAAUCUAGUGCUAGCAAACAGCAGUGGUUAUAGUGUUACCACGCCCGUUGCAAUCGCGUCGCCUAACAGCACCGUCCCAGCCGUCUUUGGAUCAACUCCACCCGCCAGUAAUUCUUCCGGCGGGCGCUUUUCUGUUGUCGGAGUUUCUCGUCUUGUGCCGAACCGUGGACGCAGUCCCCUCGUUCUCUCUGCAUCUGGUCACGUGAGAACAAGCUCUAUCCCGCUGCCUGGAUUCCCUUGGGGAGAAGCGUUUUCAAAGAGUCCCACCAUCGACUUCGAUCUUGAUUUACCGAGUGAUUUGCUUACCGAAAAUCAACUGGUAGCUGUGGCUCUGAGAACCCUCGGAAACUUUGAUUUUACAGGCAAGUCCCAAAUCCCUGCCUUGUACCAAAAGCCGCUUGUGCUCAGUCUCGAAGACAUUUCUGUUGGUUCCCGACAAACCCAUCAAUUCACCAUUAUUAAUUACUUUUUAGGUCAUACACUGGCAUAUUGUGUAAAACACACUGCCGAGAAUUUCAUAUCGGUUAGCACCUGUAGUGUAAAGGAAAUACGUCUCGAAGGUGUACGAACAUGCCUUCGUCUAAUGCUGCCCUUGAUUCAAUCGGCUGAGCUCGUUCCCGAUCCACUAAACAAGACACUCGACGCUGUUUCCGAUAUACUCGCAAAGUUAUUGGUUGUUGGCAUCAGCGACCCAGACCCCGAAGUUCGGAAAUGCGUCUUUUCUUCACUUGACAGUCAAUUUGACAAUUACCUAGCCCAGUCAAGGCAUCUAAAUUCUCUCUUUGUUGCUUUAAAUGAUGAAGUCUUUGCCAUCCGUGGAUUCGUUAUGCAGUGCAUUGGGCGGCUCUCAGACAUUAAUCCUGCUUGUGUCCAACCAACUCUAAGGAAGGUUAUGCUCAGAAUAAUCACGGACCUCGCAGACAGCGGCACAACAAGGAAUAGAGAGGAGUCGGUUGCAUUGGUCGCUAUUCUCGCUUCAACUGCUCCACAUUUCGUGUUGCCCUAUGGCGAGUCCCUUUUGCACGUCAUCAUACCUCAGAUCCGAAAAGCUCUGCCAGUCAACUUGCGGAUGAGAUUGCUUAUCAUGAGGAACGAAAGACUUCGAAAGGCCGGCAAGGGUGGUAGCUGCCUCAAUGUGGAUAUGCUGACCGACAGCAGUGAAAUCUCCUUAAGCACUGCCCUUCUCGCUUCCCAGUCGGCUGCACACGCAGCCGCACAGGCAGUCCAGGCAGUUGCCACGGCCACCGCCCGGAGUGCCGGACAGCAGCUCUUUCGAUCACUCUCCGGCAAUAAGCCGGCUCCGACCUCCACUCAAGCCACUACUGUCGGUGCUAGGGCCGUCGUAGCAGCGAAUUAUGCGGCUCAUUCCGCCGCUGUCGCUGCCAAGGUGAUCAGCACGGCUGUCGGAAGGCACGUAAAGGGUGGAGCUGGCUUAUAUGACUACGCUUCUACCUAUCACAAUGCCGUUGGUUGCCCCAGCUUUUCCCGCGAGAUCACCACCGGUCUGGACUUGUUGAUCGGCAACCCUGAUGAGACGUUACCGGGCACCAAUCAGGAAUUCCUGUCAGUGGCAGCCGCUUUGGGCGGCGGCGACGCAGCAGAAGCUUCCAAGGGUUUGCUUUUAGUAAACGGCGCCCCUUCUAGACCCGUUGAGGGGAUCGGUGCUGUGCCAGCGAAACUAUUUCCUGCUCCUGGAGCGCUUCGCCCCGGCCAGAGUAGUUCUGAAGAUGCAAACGCUCUUUGGGGGGAACCGAAGGGUUUGGUGGUCGCUCUUUUCUCGGCACUAGCUCAUCUUUCUUCCGUCUGCCCUAAAGCUAUUGUGCCUUUGAUGGAUGACUUAAUUCCCAUACUCGCUUACAUGCUACAAGACUCGACCUGUCAUGAAAAAAGAUCCGUUGCUGCAUGGGCACUUGGAGUUUUGGUUUCAAACACCGGCUACGUUGUGCUCCCGUAUUUAAAACAUCCCGACCUUCUGGAAUUGCUGUUUACAUUAUUGAAACGCGUCGAGUCGAAGAGUAUUCAAGCUGAGAUUAUCCGUGUUUUGGGAUUAAUUGGAGCCGUUGAUCCCUUCAAACUGAGGGUGUCUGGAGGACACUAUGACUAUAUUCAAGACACAGAUAUAGUCAUUAGUCAGCAUGACGUCGUGGAGUCCAGGGACGUUGACAUCACACAGUCGGAGUUGUUGGUGAACUUGUGCUGGGAAAAUCGAGAGGAAUUCUUCGCCACCUACUCCCUCUCGGCUCUGAUCAAUGUUUUACGGGAGCCAGGAACGAAAGGCAAUUGGGACAGUGUAGUGCAGACAAUCGUUCAUGUGAUGGAAUCUUUUAGUCAACGCGCUAUUCCCUGUCUGCACCAAGUCAUGGCGGAGUUGUUCAAGUGCCUUAAGAGUCUUCAUGAAGUUCGGACUAGGAGCGGCAGCUCUCCCGUCAAAUUAAUCUUCCAACUUCAGGAGACAAUACUAUUGCAUAUGUGCGGAAUAGUUCAAGUAAUUGGACCCUUUGCCAAAGAAUUCGCUUCCGAAAUAGUUGAUGUUAUCACUACUUUCUGGAGCGACUCAACCCCUGCUGUCCAACGAAACUGUAUUCGAUUGGCUGGUGUAACGGCAAAUGUUCUCCAAACCGACUUUCGUCCGUAUAUGUCACGCCUGGCGCCAUGCAUGCUUCGCAGUCUAAAGCAAGACUUGAAUGAUGACAACCUCGUUGUUCUCUGUGAAUUAUUGAGUGAUUUGGGUUCCUUGCUGGAUGACCACUUGCACAUUUUGGUCCCAGUGAUGGCCUACCUUGUGGGAAACACAGAAGAGCCUGGAUUCGAACACCUUUUACGCACGGCUUUGGAGUCACAGAAUAUUCCUCCCCCGCAGCCCACUGCCUCAGGGCCGGUGUCUGUGGUAAGGACAGGGGGACAACCCUUCUCUUCUAGCUGCAGCCCCGAGUCUGUCGAGCUGAUGACCGCAGCUUCUCCAACUUACCUCGACGUCGAGCCCUUAGUUAUGGGGACUCCUGUUGAUUCACUGUUCCCGGAAACGUCUAUCAGUGGUGGUGGUGGUGCUCUGCGCAACACUCUCAGAGCAGCUCAGAAGGCCACCACCACUUCUCAAGUGGUCGGCAGCCUCAAUUUGCGACUGGCUGCGUUGCGGUGUUUAGUGAAACUCACUGACGUGCUUUACGUUGAGCCUCUUGCCACGGCUAUCGUUCAUCCCUUCUGCAGGCUUCUCACUACUUUAAGCGAACGUUCACAGGGAGUUGUCGAGGUGAAAGGAAAGCCUUCGGGAUCGCAUGUUGCACUGAAGGCCCUUUUCCCGCUUUGUAUGGAUGUGAUAACAAACUUGUUGACUCAAAUGGGGCCGGGGUUCAAGUUCGUUAUGCCUGUGGUGCAAGUGACACUCUCUGUUGUUAAAAUGACCCACCAGAGAUACAAUGCAACUUUGAACAAGCUAACAACAGAGGGAUUAAUGGGUCUAAACUCUGUUGUCGAUCGACCCAUUUUGCAGGACACUCAUGCCAACUUUACACGGAAGACCGAACCUGAAAAGCAGAACGAAGUAGCUGUAGGUAUAACCACUAAAAAUUCCCAAAACUCGUACUCAAAAAUGCAUAUUCAACCUCUUGUCUAUGAUCACGCCACUGUUCCGGUUACUGCAGCCCCAUUAUUUUCUCCUCCUAGCCUUAAUUUACAACGUGCCUGGCAGUCUUCUCGUCUAGUGAAUCCAGACGACUGGAAUCAGUGGCUCAAAACACUGUCCGUGGCACUUCUUCGCGAAUCGCCAAGCCCGGCCAUUCGGGCAUGUGCACGCCUCACCGCAAUUGCUCCACAAAUUUCACGUCGCCUCUUCAAUGCUGCCUUCAUGAGCUGCUGGAAGGAGCUGCGUGAUGCCGAACAGGAUGAUUUAAUAAACACUCUUGAGUCUGUUCUGCGACUCCCCUCUUCUGCGAGUCAGGCCAGAGAGAUAAGUCAAGCCAUCCUCAAUCUCGAAGAGUUCAUGGCCCACGCUGAUAAGUUUUCGUCUAAAACGCCUCGGGUGCAUCUCCCACUGUCACUUAACCUUCUUGCUGACCGGGCAAUGAAGAACCGGGCCUUCGCGAAGGCACUGCGCUACAAGGAGUUGGAGUUUAUCGAUGAAGUGGAGAAAUUCUCAAGUCCAACUCCAUCAACACUCGCCGCGCUCCUUGCCAUCUACGAUAAACUACAGCUCACUGAAGCGUCCAACGGCGUUCUAUUAUACGCCACAAAAGAUCCGCGCAAUAAAUUGACUGACGAGGAGUUGUGGUACGAGAAGUUGCAUAACUGGGACCGUGCAAUAGCCCUGUGUGACCGAAAGCUAGAAGAUGAGAGAAUUAAGGACAAAACUAAGCCAAUCCUCUGUCGGCUCCGAUGUCUGCAUUCACUUGGCCAGUGGGCUCAGCUCGAGUCGAUGGCGUGGGAUCGGUGGGGCAGCCUCUCAGAGGCCGCCCGCCACCAGGUUGCGCCUCUGGCCGCGAGCGCCGCAAUAACCGUCGGCGCGUGGGAGCGCGCGGCGCACUACACCCGGGCCUUCCCCCCGGCCGACCACGAGGGCGGCUUCUACCGGGCCAUCCUAACGCUGCACGACGGCGACUACGCCAAGGCGCUCGACGAGGUCGCCAAAUCACGAUCCAUCCUCGCAUCCAAUUUAACUCCGCUCACCAGCGAAGGAUACCAACGCGCCUAUCCGGUAGUUGCUGUUGAGCGCUUUUUUGUCCGCACGAGCUUCGAUGCCUAUCAACUGGAUCUUGUUGGUGCUCAGCUGCUUUCAGAGGUAGAAGAAGUGGUCCAGUAUAAACUAGUUUCUGAGCGACGUCCAAUCCUCCACGAGGCCUGGCACAACCGUCUCCUAGGCUGCCAAUCGGUUGUCGAGGAUUGGGGUCGAGUAAUUCAACUCCGGAGACUUGUUCUUGAUCCAAGGGAGAACAUCAAGAGCUGCCUCCGUUACGCCGGUCUUUGUAGACGCUCCGGCCGGUUUAGCCUCAGUUUGCAAGUGAUUCUCAAAAUGCUCUCUGAAAAUCCAGCAGACGUGCCUUGGAAUGAACCCGUACCCGCUCCCGACCCUGCCAUUAUUUUUUCCUACACCAAACUCCUCUGGGCGUCUGGCUCAAAGGAAGAGGCCGUAACCCGCCUGCGAGUGCUGCGCGACUGCGUCAUUGAGCCGAUGCUCCGAGUUCAGGACACGAAGCUAGAGGAGGCCGGCCAGGAUGUCGGACAGCAACCCUCAGUCACCACAAAGAAUGUGACUGAGAUUGCAAACAGAAUUGUCGAGCUUAGGAAGCUCAUGUCCAAGUGUUGCCUUCGUUUGGGUAACUGGUACUCGGAACUCUACAUUCGUUCAUCCUCCGAUCGCAGUGAUGUCAACUCGAAUUUACCCACAUCCUCAGGAACUGGCUUCUUUUUGUCUACUGCAGAUGGCAAUAAGCCACAUCAACCACAUUUGGUUCAUCCGCCUUCUACUGACUUGCAACAAAAUGGGCUUAGUGUGAAUUCUUCACUGCAAUCUGGAAGUGCUGGUUCUAAUUUCCACUUUUUGGACGAGAAGACGAUCAGCACGCACAACUUUGUUAUUCAGUGCUACAGAACCGCGACGGAGCACACUCCUGGGAACCGGUUAGCUUGGCAGGCCUGGGCGAUGGCCAACUACGAUCUGUUCACUCGCCUAGGCGUGGAGAAAGCCCAAAUAGAACAGAAAGAAACCAUGAUUCGACAGAUGAUGUCCCCGGAAGUUGGCGAUCUGAAUGCUACUGAUGUCGGGAAUUCCAGUUCUUGUUCUACGCUCAAGCAAAGCCUAACUGCUCUCGGUCAGCGACGUACCAUUCUGCAAAGAAGCAUUGAACAACUCGCUGCUCCAUCCGUUCGAGGUUAUAUCAAUUCCAUCAGUAUUUCACCCGAAGCUAAUCUUCAGGAUAGCCUCCGUCUGAUUAACUUGCUCUUCCAGUUCGGUCAUGUGUCGGAGAUUCGUGAUAUAAUCCGCGAGGGUUUGAGCAAAAUUCGUCUUCAGAACUGGCUUGUCGUUCUGCAACAGCUGCUAGCCCGCAUCGACACUCCACAUGAACACGUGGCUAACAUUAUUGUCGAUUUGCUUGUCGCUGUUGGUAGGCAGUUUCCGCAGGCGCUCAUCAACUCUCUCGUCCUCGCCUUCAAGUCGGGUGGCUCGGAUCGACGACGGUAUUACGCUACAAAGAUUCUCUACUUCAUGGAAGAGCACAGCCCUCGUCUUGUGUAUGAAGCUUUCUUGCUAAACGAAGAAUUGAUACGCCUUUCUGUGACCUGGAUGGAGAUGUGGUUCGAGUGUCUUGAAGACGCCAGCAGAGUGUAUUUUGUUGAGAAGGACACGGCCAAAAUGUUCCGUCUCCUUCAUCCUCUCCAUAUGGUUAUGGAACGCGGCCAUGAGACAAUCAACGAGGCUGCCUUUCUGCAGGAGUUUGGGAAGGAACUCAACAACUCACGAAUAUACUGUGAGCGCUUCGAGAACCAAGGUUUGAAAGCUGAUUUACAGCAGGCCUGGGAAGGCUACUACACUCUCUAUCGAACUCUUUCCAAGCGCGUUACAAAUCUGACCUCGUUGGAUCUGACUUGUGCGGCGCCGAGGCUUCAAGCCUACGGAAAAGACUGGGUUCUGGCGGUCCCGGGGAGCUACAAGCCUCAGUUGCCCCUGGUGCGUUUGGCGGGUGUCAAAAAUUGCCUAAUGGUGAUGUCCUCGAAGCAGCAUCCAAGGAAAUGCACCAUGCUCGGAUCAAAUGGCAAGACGUACGUUUUCCUGCUAAAGGGCCACGAGGACACGCGUCAGGAUGAACGAGUGAUGCAGUUCUUUGGGCUGAUCAACACGCUCCUUAUGACUAAUCCGGAAACCCUACGCAGAAACCUUACAAUUCAGCGUUUCUCAAUCAUCCCUCUAUCUACCAACACUGGUCUCAUUGGUUGGGUACCGAAUAGCGACACUUUGCACAGUCUGAUUCGCGAGUAUCGUGAUAAGACUGACAUCACGUUAAAUCAAGAACAUCGGGAAAUGCUCCAUUUAGCCCCCGAUUUCGAUCGUCUAAACCUAAGUCAGAAAACGGAAGUGUUUGAAGCCGGCCUCAAAGUGUCCUCGGGAAGAGAUCUCGCCAACAUCUUGUGGCUCAAAAGUCACAAUUCUGAAACAUGGUUCGAGCGCCGAACAACCUUUAUCCGCUCGCUCGCUGUCAUGUCAAUGGUCGGUUACAUUUUGGGCCUGGGGGACCGGCAUCCCUCAAAUUUGAUGCUUUGUCGCGAGACAGGGAAAAUUGUGCACAUAGACUUUGGUGACUGUUUUGAGGUGGCGAUGAUGCGCGAGAAGUACCCCGAGAAGGUGCCCUUCCGGUUGACGCGAAUGCUCGUCGCUGCCAUGGAGGUUACGGGAAUCGAUGGAGUCUACCGCCACACCUGUGAGACUGUGAUGCAGUUAAUGCGUGACAACCGCGACAGCCUCCUUGCUGUGCUAGAGGCCUUCAUUCACGAUCCUCUUUUGCAGUGGGUACUGCUUGAAAAUAAACGUUCCGUUUUGCAGCCUCCAGCAGUUGCAAAUUCGCAGGUUUCUGCCAACUCCACAGUCGUUCAACAGCCUACAAGAGGCGUGCCGCCACAAGGACAGCAACAACAAGUGGAAGAAGAUGGUGUAAAUCACCCCAGAGGCCCAGUUGGUGGCGCGAGAUAUCACCAGGCCUCCUCCCGCCUCCCUACCACCCCUAACCAGGCGCAGGCUACUGUGCAUCCGCGGAACCUGCCCUUUGUCUUCACUAAUCUCAACUACCCCAGCAGCUUCUCCCUCCGCGACUGCCGCCAUAUCAACCCCUGGCGACACCAUCUGUGCAACGGCCCUUGGCUUGGCUGUUAUGAAACUGCCAAAGCAAUGAGAAGACAGACAGACUUGGGGACAAUUGUCUGUGAGCGUAUAGGUCUUCAGGGCUUCAUCUUCUCCGCGAAGCCUCCAACCGAAGGCGAUUAUUACGAUGACUUCCAAAGUGCGUAA